AGGUGAGAGACAGGUUACAUAAAUGCUAGAGAAGAGGGGUGGUGUGUGUGUGUGUGUGUGAGUGAGAGAGAUUGCAGCCUUAAUCAGAGCAGAACUUGCACAAGCGCCUCUCCAUUUUGGCCACGAUUCAUUUCCUGUGCUUGCAUUGAUUUUAAAGAGCUAUUAAUAUGACAUAUUGUAGAAAUAUGAAGAGUGCGAGUGGAUGUGAUGUGCAUCAGUGGUUGUUUGUGACAGUCAGGGCCACAGCUGGUGGCUGAGAGUAAAAAAGCUUCCAAUCAAAAAGGCACCCGCUGUCCCUCAUCUCCACCCUAGACUCACAGCAGCCCAAUUAGACCGGCCCGUCUGGUGCACAGACAGACAGUCUGUCGCAAACGAGCUCCUCCAUGCAUCAGCCAAACAUCGAAAUAAAUCCUGUAUACAUGUUAUUGAGCUCUGUCAUGUAGGUGAUUUAGAUUAAAUUGUUCAGGUAAACACAGGGUUUUAAAAAGACAUUCUGUGAAAAUGUAGCCAAGCCAAGCCAAGCCUACCCUGAAAAAAAAAAAACACACACAUGGAUGAUGGCGCAAGCUGAACGGAGAGGGGGGCGGAGGUUUGGGCUCUCCAAAUGCCAUCCCAGUUUCCUUGUUCUCUCCCCUUCAGAUCUAAAUUUUGAAGAUGGGUGUAACCAACAUGGUGGUGCAGUGAGAGCUGACCAGGCCCCAUCCACUGCACAUGUUGUUUAGAUCAGAGCUCAAACUAGUUUCACUUCUCAGGAAGAGAGACUCAGACGGGCGUCGUCUCUGAGAGGUGGAAUGGCGGAGAAAGGAGUUCAGCUGGACCGGGAAGCAAUCUCUUGUUCCAUCUGUCUGGAUAUACUGAAGGAUCCGGUGACUACUCCCUGUGGACACAGCUACUGCAUGAACUGUAUUAAAGCCCACUGGGAUGGAGAGAAUCAGAGGCAAAUGCACAGCUGCCCUCAGUGUAGGCAGACCUUCACACCAAGGCCUGUCCUGAUGAAAAACACCAUGUUGGCAGAUUUAGUGGAGGAACUGAAGAAGACUGGACUCCAAGCUGCUCUUGCUGAUCACUGCUAUGCUGGACCUGAGGAUGUGGCCUGUGAUUUCUGCACUGGGAGGAAACUGAAAGCCUUCAAGUCCUGUCUGGUAUGUCUGGCCUCUUACUGUGAGAAACACCUCCAGCCUCAUAAUGAUGUGGCUCCAUUAAAGAAACACAAGCUGGUGGAGCCCUGCAAGAAUCUCGAGGAGAACAUCUGCUCUCGUCACCACGAGGUGAUGAAGAUGUUCUGUCGUACUGAUCAGCAGUGUAUCUGUUAUCUCUGCUCUUUGGAUGAACAUAAAGGCCACGACGCCGUCUCAGCUGCAGCAGAAAGGACUGAGAGGCAGAGAGGGCUGAAGGUGAGUCUACUCAACAUCCAGAAGAGGAUUCAGCACAGAGAGAAAGAUGUGAAGCUGCUCCAACGCGAGGUAGAGGCUGUCAAUCACUCUGCUGAUAAAGCAGUGGAGGACAGUGAGAAGAUCUUCACCGAGCUGAUCCGUCUGGUUGAGGAAAGAAGCUGUGAUGUGAAAAAGCAGGUCAGAUCCAAACAGGAAACCGAAGUGAGACGAUUCAAAGAGCUUCAGGAGAAGCUGGAGCGAGAGAUCACUGAGCUGAAGAGGAGGGACGCUGAGCUGAAGCUGCUGUCACAUACAGAGGAUCACAACCAGUUUCUACACAGCUACCCCUCACUGUCAACGCUCAGCGGGUCUACAUCCAGAAUCAAUAUCCGUCCUCGGUGCUGCUUUGAGAAUGUGGCGGCGGCUGUGUCAGAAGUCAGAGAUAAACUACAGGACGUUCUGAGAGAGAAAUUGACAAACGUCUCUCUGGCAGGGACUGAAGUGUAUGUUUCACUGUCACAACCAGAGCCCAAGACCAAAGCUGGAUUCUUACGGUAUUCACAAUAUAUCACACUGGAUCCAAACACAGCAAACACACAUCUGUUAUUAUCUGAGGGGAACAGAAAAGCAACAAUGACAAAAUAUCAGUCUUAUUCUAGUCACCCAGACAGAUUCACUGAUUGGGAACAGGUCCUGAGUAGAGAGAGUCUGACUGGACGUUGUUACUGGGAGGUGGAGUGGAGAGAUGGAGUUACUGUAGCAGUCGCAUACAAGAAUAUCAGCAGAGAAGGGGGGUCGUAUGAAUGUAGAUUUGGAUUCAAUGACAAAUCUUGGGCGUUAUAUUGUGACGAUAAUAGUUAUAUAUUUCGGUACAACAAUGUUAGAACUCCCUUCUCAGGUCCUCAGUCCUCCAGAGUAGGAGUGUACCUGGAUCACAGUGCAGGUAUUCUGUCCUUCUACAGCGUCUCUGAAACCAUGACUCUCCUCCACAGAGUCCAGACCACAUUCACUCAGCCUCUCUAUGCUGGAUUUCGGCUUUAUUGUGAUGGAGGCACUGCUGAGUUGUGGCAACUCAAAUAGACAGAAGUCAUUUAAAAAGGGACUGUAUGUAAGUUUUUACAAAUAUAAACGCUUUUUUAAUAGUUGUUUUUAUAGCCAAUGUGUGAACAGGUUGUAACC